CCCACAAGUUUGGAUCCUUUCAAAACUGAGCCAGGAAUUCCCAGUUUCCCGCUGAGUCCAGUUGUCUCUUCUCUGCUCAUGGCUACAGCAGCCCCCAGCCCCAAUUCCCCUCUCCGGCCAGAGGACCUCCUGAGCGAUUCAUCAGAGCCUCCUGGGUUGAACCAGGUGUCCUCGGAGGUGACCUCGCAGCUGUAUACUUCUUUGCAUCUCAGCCGGCAAGCGGAGGCCACAGCCCGAGCCCAGCUGUAUUUAGCUUCCACCUCCUCACCUCCUAACGAGGGCAUAGACAGCUUGGCUCAAGAACUGAGUCGCAGCUUGUCAGUUGGAUUGGAAAACAACUUGAAGAAAAAGGAUGGGUCUAAGCAUAUCUUUGAGAUGGAAAGCGUUCGGGGCCAGCUCCAGACCAUGCUCCAUACCUCACGUGAUAUGGCCUAUCGAACUGGCUCAGAGAGACGGGAAGAGGACUCCUUUGACAGUGACAGCACUGCUACCUUGCUCAACACCCGGCCUCUGCAAGACCUGUCUCCAUCGAGCUCAGCCCAGGCACUGGAAGAGUUGUUUCCCCGAUAUGCCAGCCUUCGACCAGGGCCCCCCACCAACCCCCCAGAUUGUCAGGGGCUGAGGGAUGCACUGGACUCAGAGCUUACACGCCGAAAGCAUUAUGAGCGCCACAUUCAGAGCCUGCAGACUCGAGUGCUAGAGUUACAACAACAGCUAGCUGUGGCCGUGGCUGCUGACCACAAGAAAGAUCUCAUGAUUGAACAGCUAGACAAGACUCUGGCUCGAGUGGUAGAGGGCUGGAAUCGGCAUGAGGCUGAGCGGACAGAGGUGCUGAGGGGACUUCAGGAGGAGCGCCAGGCAGCAGAACUCACCAGAAGCAAGCAGCAGGAGACAGUAACCCGCCUGGAACAAAGCCUUUCUGAGGCCAUGGAAGCCCUGAAUCGUGAGCAGGAGAGUACCAGGCUACAGCAGAGGGAAAGAGAGGCACUGGAAGAAGAACGGCAAGCCCUGGCCAUGAGGUUGGAGGUGGAGCAGCAGCAGUGCCAGGCCCUCCAGCAAGAGCGGGAUGAGGCCAAGGCUGGGCAGCUCAGUGAGCGCAGGAGGCUGGAGGCCCUUCAAGUGGCUCUGCAAGAGGAGAGGCAGGCCUGGGUCAAGCAGGAACAGCAGCUGAAGGAACGCCUUAAGGCGCUGCAGGAGGAGGGCCAGGCUCAGCUGGAAAGAGAGAAGGGGACCAGCCAGAGGGAGGCACAGGCAGCCCGGGAGGCCCAGCAGCAGUUGGUACUGCUGCAGUCUGAGGUGCGGCGGCUGGAAGGGGACCUGGACACGGUGCGGAGAGAGAGAGACGCACUGCAGCUGGAAAUGAGCUUGGUCCAGGCCAGAUAUGAGAGUCAGCGGAUCCAGAUGGAGUCAGAGCUGGCUGUGCAGCUGGAGCAGCAGGUGACCGAGCGGCUGGCGGAGGUUCAAGAGAACAGCCUGCGGCAGGCCGCCUCCCUCAGGGACCAUCACAGGAAGCAGCUACAGGAACUCAGUGGACAGCACCAACAGGAGUUGGCUGCCCAGCUGGCUCAGUUCAAGGUGGAAAUGGCUGAACGAGAGGAGCGCCAGCAGCAGGUUGCUCAGGACUAUGAGCUCAGGCUGGCAAGGGAGCAAGCUCGUGUGCGUGACCUGAAGAGCGGAAACCAGCAGCUGGAGGAGCAGCGGGUGGAGCUGGUAGAGCGGCUCCAAGCCAUGCUGCAGGCCCACUGGGAUGAGGCCAACCAGCUGCUCAGUACCACACUUCUGCCUCCCAACCCUCAGGCUCCUCUUGCUGAGCCCUCCAGCCCAGGGCCUAUGGAGCCAGAGAAGGGGGAGAGGAGGAUCUGGGCCAUGCCUCCCAUGGCUGUGGCCCUGAAACCUGUGCUGCAGCAAGGCCGAGAAGCGAGGGCUGAUCUGCCGGGAGCGCCCUCUGUUCUCUGUAGCACCUCACCAGAUCUGAGCCUCCUGCUGGGACCCUCUUUCCAGAGCCAGAACUCCUUUCAGCCCCUGGAACCCAAGCCUGAUGUGGCUCCACUUACAGCUGGACCCUUCUCUGCAUUGGAGGCUUUCGCUGCUGAUCAUAGAGCAGAGCACCCAUUUCCUGAGGAGGACCCUGGGCCUGAAGGUGAUGGGCCCCUAAAGGCAGGGCUGCCGCCUGCUUCUCAGCUGGAAGGCCUCAAGAACUUUCUGCAGCAGCUGCUGGAGACAGCACCUCAGAGCAACGAAAACCCCUCUGUUGACCUGUUGCCCCCUAAGUCUGGUUCCCGGGCUGUCUCGUCUUGGGAGGAAGCCCCUCAAAUGCCUCGACUUCCACCUCCUGUCCACAAAACUAAAGUUCCCUUAGCCAUGGCUUCUAGUCUUUUCAGGGCCCAUGAGCUUCCUUCAUCCAAUCUGCAAGGCAGUGGUGUCAGCUCUGGCUCCCCAGAGAAAGGUGCGGAUGGGCUCAGCCCCCCAAGGCAGCUGAUGGAGGUGUCUGAGCUCUUACGCCUGUACCAGGCUCGGGGCUGGGGUGCUCUGCCCGCUGAGGACCUGCUGCUGUACCUGAAGAGACUGGAACAUGGCGGGACUGAUGGCCAAGGGGAGUUUGUCCCCAGAAGAAACACAGACUCCCGUUUGGGUGAGAUCACCCGGAAAGAGAUCCCCUCCCAAGCUGUCCCUCGACGCCUUGCUUCAGCCCCUAAGACUGAAAAGCCUGCUCGGAAGAAAAGUGGGCAUCCUGGCCCUAGCAUGAGGAGUCGGGGCGGCAUCUGGAGAUGAGGCCCACCCUUCGUCCUCUUUCGCAUUCAUUUUGAUUAGCGCCCUGCAGUCUGUCUGCCUGCAGUCUGUCUGCAGCAGUGAAGUCUGGAAAGUAGAGAUUUUGUAGGAAGUGACUUUGUAAAGAAACCUUUAAAAUGCUGGUUCGGUAUUUUAGAAUAUGAUUGUUUCCUAUGAGAAAGCACAGGAGCCUCUGAGGCUGCCAUGUGAGGAUGUCUGAGUGGCCUAAGGCUCAGUGUAAGCUUACAGUGUAAGCUUAGCUGCUCCAUAGUAGAUUAUGAGUGAUUCUUUUCUUCUUGUAUAGUUUGUAUUUUGUACAUUUUCUGAAAUAAAUAUGUAUUACUUUAGAGAUCAAAAA